GCACCAGUGCUAGUUAGCUCCAGCAUUUCUGAAUUUUGACCCACAGGGAAGCAUAUCUAGAUAGAUGGGAAUGGCAAAGAUAACCCUCAACGGUGGAUUCCAGAUGCCGGUAGUCGGACUUGGCGUCUGGCAGAUUGCUAAUUACAGAAGCGAGGCAGAAGUUGGAGAAGCUCUUUCGGAAGCAUUUAGGACUGGCCUUGUGGAGAGGGAGGAGCUUUUUAUCACAACAAAGGCCACUAUAUGGAAUUCCGACCAUGGACAUGUUUUAGAGGCCUGCAAAGACAGCCUCAAGAAGCUUCAACUGGAUUAUCUCGAUCGUUAUCUUGUUCACUUCCCCAUUGCCUCUAAGCACGCAGGGGUGGGUACAAAAUGGGUCUGCUUUCGACAAGGACGGGAUGCUGGACAUAGACACCACUAUUUCCUUAGAAACCACAUGGCACGCAGGGGUCGGUGCCGUAGUUGUAGUCCUGGGUGCUCUUGUAGUGAUGGCGAUUUUGCAGCGUGGAGUUGGAAAGAUGAAGGCACUUUGCUUAGGAAGGAUAUUUUCAUUGGUGUUCAAAGCUCUAUUCAAGGCAAUUUGAUGGUGGAUUGGAAAGAUCUAGUGUGGCUUAUGCUAAAGGAUCGAAUGAUGGAUGUAGGACUGGUGAUUAGUGGUCUCUUCUGGCUUCUGAAUUUCAAGUAGCUAUGCUUCCGGUUUGUUGUAGUGCUGUAACUAAUACUUAAAAGGUAGGAGUUUAGUUAAGAGUUAAUUCUUUUGUUAGUUUUUAUUUAUUUAUUUUAUUUUAUUGAUAUCUAUUGUUUAUCCUAGUUUGUAUUUUAAGAGAUUUAGCACCUUUUAACCUAUGAGAAUUAUAAACUAUAUUAUGUUGUUUCUCUAUAACAGGAAAAAUUAUUCUAUAGUUACUUUACUUCUUUGAUUAAUAUAAAGCUUUACUUCUU